UUUUCUAGUAUGGCCUUUGUUUUGUGAAAAGGGGAAAGCAGCAAUGAAAGGUGAGGUUUUUAUUGACAAGAGUGAUGGUGUUGAAGGAUACACAAAAUGGGAAAAUAGUUGCAAUGAUAAGAAUAUUGCUGAUUUGGUUAAAGAUAAAGGUGGAGAAAGCAGUUCUUGCUCUGAGUUGCUGUCAUCUGAGAUGAUAGAACUUGAUGGUCAGAGUCAAGGUGGUGAUGAUGGUUCUACUUCAUCAACUUCGAUGGAGUGGCCUGUUCAAGAACUCUCUGCAUCCAGCUGUACCGGUCCACAUGGAAGUGAAGAUGCAGAGAUAAAGGACACCGCUAGUGACAUUUCCGAGGAGCAGGAUCCUGUAUUACCAGUACCAGAGCUGGAGCUUGAAAUGAUGAAGGAGAGGUUUGCAAAACUGUUACUUGGAGAAGAUAUGUCAGGUUCGGGUAAUGGAGUCCCUACAGCGUUGGCUAUAUCCAAUGCCAUCACAAAUCUAUGUGCCACCCUCUUUGGGCAACUUUGGAAGUUAGAACCUUUGACAUCAGAAAGGAAAGCAAUGUGGCGAAGAGAGAUGGAAUGGCUUCUUUGUGUCAGUGAUCAUAUUGUUGAAUUGAAGCCUACAUGGCAAACAUUUCCUGAUGGAAGAAAGGUUGAGGUCAUGACUUGUAGACCUCGCUCAGAUCUUUAUGUCAAUCUGCCAGCACUACGAAAAUUAGAUAACAUGCUUCUUGAAAUACUAGAUAGUUUUGUGAAUCCAGAGUUUAGGUAUGUGGACCAAGGAGUUGUGGUUCCUGAUACAGAUGGUUCAUCUUCUUUUCGCCAAGCGCUUCAGCGACUAGAGGAGAAGUGGUGGCUUCCUGUACCUCAAGUCCCUCCUAGUGGUCUCCAUGAAAUUUCAAGAAAGCAGUUACAACACAAGAGGGAUUGCACAAACCAGAUAUUAAAAGCUGCAAUGGCCAUUAACAGCAUUGCUUUAGCUGAAAUGGAGAUUCCCGAUGCUUACUUGGAGUCUCUUCCCAAGACUGCAAGAACCAGCUUGGGGGAUGUCAUUUACAGAUAUAUUACAGCCGACAGUUUUUCUCCUGAGUGUUUGCUAGCUUGCCUUGAUUUAUCAUCCGAACAUCAAGCCAUAGAGAUUGCCAACAGAGUAGAGGCUUCCAUUUAUAUCUGGCGUUUGAAGACCAACCCGAGGCCUACUGGUCGCACUACAAGAAAUAAUUCAAAAUCAUCGUGGGAAAUUUUCAGGGAUCUGAUUGUCGAGGGAGACAAGAGCGCAACUCUUGCAGAAAAAGCAGAAAGUUUUUUGCUCUCCUUGAAGCAACGUUUCCCCAGUCUCCCUCAAACAACCUUAGAUACGAGCAAAAUCCAAUGCAACAAGGAUGUUGGGAAAUCCAUUCUGGAGAGCUACUCACGAGUACUCGAGAGUUUAGCAUCUAACAUUGUUGCACGCAUCGAUGAUGUGAUCUAUGUUGAUGACUUGACUAAACAUUCCGAUUCAUUCUCACUUCUCUCAAAAGUUGGUGUAAUUGCACACAAGAGCAUUUCAGUUCCAUGCUCGAGGCAAGGCCAAAAACCAUGUUUUGACAAACAAAGCUUUUCUCCUGCACGAUGUGUUAGCCCUGCAAAGGGAGCCAAAUCAUCGUUCAUCAACAGAUGCAACCUUCCCCAAAGAGGAGUAGGUGUUAGUAAAGUUUUAACUGAAUUUGGUAGCAUUGAGAUGAAAGAAAAGAACUAUGUCUUCUGUCCAACGGAGAUGUUUGUUCCAAGAUUAAAAACAUUUGAUGAAGUGCCAGCAUUUGAAACAGAAAUGGAGUCAAGUGAUUGCACAGAAGAUGCUAAAUUGGACCGGGCAUGGCUAGAGGGAAAGGAUCUUAAUUGACCGAUAUCAGCGAGUUUAGUUUUGAUACACCACAAGAAAAUUUAUAUUGUCAACAAAUUUGAUAACAUUUUUAAGUACGAGACUUAAAGUCGUUAAAUAAAAGUUAAUAUUUUCUAAUAAUAUGAUAGUUCAU